GAGAUACCUUAUACCAAGCAUUGGCUCGUCGUUGGUAAAGAGAGCCAAGAACAUGCAUGCGUUGGCAGAAUCCUGUGCAGUUCGAUGCAAAUGAAGGUGGCAAGAUCCAAUCAAAUAUUCCGCUACUGAGUAAGAACUGGGGUCCAACAAUCACUCCAAAACUGGAUUAUUCGGCCAAGAAAAUCCCCAAUUCACCCCACCAAAAGGCAUUUGAUCAAGGGCAGCAACAACAACCAAUUGAAUAUUGUGCGUCUGAGUAAGAAAUGGGGUCCAACAAUUCUGCACAGGGAAAAGAAUGCUUUGUUAAUUGCUAUAAAGAAGUAUUACCCUGCACUUUUCUUGACCCAUCCCUCUUCUUCUCCCUUGAGCAACAAUAUUUACUCAAAUUCUUGGGCUUCUAUCUCUAAUUAGAGAAAACUGAGGAGAGAGAAAGUUUGGUUUACUUCAGUAAUGGCGAAGAUUAGCAAUAUGCUUAUAGGAAUUCUUUAUGUACACGUUAUUUCAGUGGUGGUCACUGCUAGGGUGCUGCCGUUGCAUCCUUACUUGAACAGCCAAGAAACACCCAUUACCAAUAUCUUUGAUACUUCAAAAUAUGGAAUUUUGCAGCUGGGCAAUGGGUUGGCAAAAACUCCUCAGAUGGGAUGGAAUAGCUGGAACUUUUUUGCCUGUGAUAUCAGUGAAGAUGUUAUCAAGGAAACAGCUGAUGCACUUGUUUCUACUGGCUUGGCCAAGUUAGGCUAUAUUUACGUGAAUAUCGAUGACUGCUGGUCUGAACCGCAACGGGAUCCGAAGGGUCAACUUGUUCCUGAUCCACAAACUUUUCCAUCGGGAAUUAAGGCUCUUGCUGAUUAUGUGCAUUCAAAGGGCCUAAAGCUAGGAAUAUACUCAGACGCAGGGGCUUUCACUUGCCAAGUUCGACCUGGAUCACUUUUUCAUGAAUCUGAUGAUGCAGAACUCUUCGCAUCUUGGGGAGUUGAUUACUUGAAGUAUGACAAUUGUUUCAAUUUGGGCAUUGACCCAGAGACAAGGUAUCCUCCAAUGCGCGAUGCCCUGAAUGCAACUGGGCGUACCAUAUUCUAUUCACUUUGUGAAUGGGGUGUGCAUGACCCGGCCUUAUGGGCAGGCAAAGUUGGAAACAGCUGGCGAACGACAGAUGACAUUAAUGAUUCAUGGGCAAGCAUGACGACAAUUGCUGAUCUCAACGAUAAGUGGGCAGCCUUUGCAGGCCCUGGUGGAUGGAAUGACCCCGAUAUGUUAGAAGUUGGAAAUGGUGGCAUGAGCUACCAUGAGUAUCGAGCACAUUUCAGCAUUUGGGCUCUGAUGAAGGCUCCACUUUUAAUUGGUUGUGAUGUUAGAAAUAUGACUCAAGAAACAUUUGAAAUUCUUAGCAAUGAGGAGGUUAUUGCUGUAAACCAAGAUCCACUUGGAGUUCAAGGAAGGAAAGUCUAUUCCUAUGGCCCUGAUGGUUGUUAUCAAGUUUGGGCAGGCCCACUUUCUGGCCAACGUUUGGCUGUUGUUCUUUGGAACAGAGGCUCUAAACCUGCCACCAUAACGGCUAAAUGGGCUUCACUUGGAAUCGAGUCUUCCACCAGUGUCUCCAUUAAGGAUUUGUGGAAGCACAAAUGUGUGACAGAGAACAAAGUGGCCUCAUUCAGUGCUCGAGUUGAUCCUCAUGCCUGUGAGAUGUACAUAUUCUCUCCAUUAGCCGUUGCUCGCUCUGCAAGUUAAUUGAGCACCAAUACGAGCUUGAUAUAAUAGGUCUGGCCGGAUGGUGUUGUUAGUUGUAUUUGAUAUGCAGAGGUGUGGUUGGGUUUUUACUCUCUCAUUCAUCAUUGAUGCUGUAUUCUGUCGUUCCUGGCUGCUGCUGUAUUAGCUUCUUGUGGGAGUUCAGCAGACUUGUAGCUGAGUUAUGGUAUUCUGAAUAAGCAAUUAGAUGCCACGGAGAAGUCCUUGAAUUUGAAGUUUUCUGUCUGUUCUUGUAUGAUAUGCGGUUGGUUGAACAUUGUAAUGCCAUCUCAGUAUCUAUCUGGUGUCUGAGUCUGUGCAGGAAGGUUCUGUAUUAUAGUUUUGAAUUCUGAAAUGAGAUGUUUCGGCGUAAACAGUUGUUAAUAGUUGCUGGAAUGAGUAGUUAUUCGAGCA